AUGGAGGGCCCAAUCUUCACUGUGGCAAUCCAGCAUUGGUACAAGUGGCGUUCCAACAUUGCCCGUGCCGUUCUUUUUUCCAUCAACGCGCAUAUGGAGAACUUUUCGGAGGAUGUCGAUGCCCGUGCCGCCCACGCCAAAUGGAUGAAAGGGGAUACUGACACAAUCCCAUUUACCUGGAAACAUCACCCAAUGUCUGCCGAAGAGCCACAGGUAUUUAAGGGCCUCUUUAUGUCGUACUUCGUGCUGGUGGGACUCGCCACGCACUUCAACAUGACUUCAAGUGUCUGUGCAGAGUUGGAGGUGGAUAGCGAGCCAUGUGGUGCAUUAGUGAUUGCAACGGUUGGGGCUGAGCACGCGUUCAAGUUCUGGGGAACGGGGGUUUCUACUGCCGGCGUCCUGGAUCGUAAGGAAGAGGCAAAGUUCUCGGAAGACAACUGGGGCGUCAGCACCGUGGAGUACAUCAAGUCUAUCAACAAAUUGACACCAAGACAAUGGAAGAAGAUCAAAGAUGCCGCAAUCGAGCUCAUGGAGAAACCGAAGCUAUCUGUUUCGCUCACUCAAGGUGCCAAUGCUUCUCCCCUCAAUGCGCGAGGAUCUUUGUUUGAAGAGGACAGCGAGGGUGAAGAGUGA